AUGGAACCUUCCACAGGCGAAUCUGCCAUUGGCUACUCAGUUCUUAUCGCCGAUAUCCAGCGGCUCAAUUCACAACUAUCAGCCGGACUACCAGAGCUAGCGGCGGCUACAGCGGAGCAGCGGCCCGUCCGAGCAGCCGGAGGCGCUGCCUUGCCCUGUGCUGUGAUUGGACACGACGAUGGUGGUGGUGUUUACAGGUGUGUCUCUGGCAGCAGUGUGUGGGUCAGGUGGCUCCAGUCAGACACCAUGAGUUCUAAGGGAGGCGGCACCGCUCUGACCCGCCGUAACUACAGGCUGGCGUCAGACAUGGACAAGCCGAGAUCCACAGGUAUCGUGAACGAGAAGAUGCUGAGCGACUACCUACACCAUGUGUUUCCCUCCACCAAACAGGGACCCACACUGGCCUCGCUCAGGAAGCCUCUGGGCUUCCAGGAUCUACCUGCUCACCUGGAGAAGCUGCUGUCUGAGGACACGCCUACGGAGGACGGUCAGGCUGUGGACGGUCGUCUGGGUCCUCAGCCCGUUGUCCUCGAUCACACCAGCGGCUUUGAAGGACUCCUGUUUGUAGACGACGACCUGCUGGGGGUCAUCGGCCACAGCAACUUCAGCUCCAUCCGAGCGACCACCUGUGUUUAUAAAGGGAAGUGGGCCUACGAGGUGCUGAUCUCCUCUCAGGGUCUGAUGCAGAUAGGCUGGUGUACCCUUAGCUGUCGCUUCAAUCAGGAGGAGGGUGUAGGUGACACGCCGGACUCGUACGCUUACGACGGAAACAGAGUGAGAAAGUGGAACGUGACGACGACAAACUACGGAAAGUCGUGGGCAGCAGGAGACAUCGUGAGCUGUCUGAUAGACCUGGAUGAAGGAACCAUCACGUUCUGCCUGAACGGCCAGUCUUUGGGGACGGCCUUCACCAACAUUAAGAUGGGUCCUGGCAUCGCUUACUUUCCCGCCAUCAGCCUCUCCUUUAAAGAGUCAGUGGCUUUCAACUUCGGCAGCAGGCCCCUCAGGUACCCCGUGGACGGCUACCUGCCCCUCCAGAACCCUCCAGCUGCAGACCUGAUGAAGGCCCACAAACUGCUGGGCUACAUCAAGAACGUCCUGUCCACCGCCAUCGACGCUCAGGAGGAGAGGCUGGUGGAGAAGGACUGCGCCGUGUGGAGGCUUCACGGAGAGCCGACCGUCCUCGUCACUCUGGCUCACAUCUUUAACCACUUUGCUCCACUCAUGUGUAAGGUGUAUCUGGUGGAGGACGUGCUGAUGAACUUCCUGCUGGGGAUUCUGGAGGGAGGAGGUUCGGUGGACGAACACCCGCUCAUCCAGCAGCUGCUCGACCUCUUCUGGCUGCUGAUGGAGGACCACGAGGUGAACGAGUGUCUGAAGCAACUCAUGAUGUCCUUACUCAGGGCCUACCGCUUCUCCCCCAUCAUCCCAGACUUGGGCUUCCAGAUCCACUACCUGCGGCUGACCACGGCCAUCCUGCGCCACGAGAAAUCCAGGAAGUACCUGCUCAGCAACGUCUUGUUCGACGUUCUGCGCUCGGUUGUGUUCUUUUACAUCAAGACUCCUCUGAGAGUGAAGGAGGCGGGGCUAGAGGAGCUCAUCCCAACCACCUGGUGGCCCACGCACUUCGACAAAGAGGGUAAAGACGAGCGCGAGCCCAAAGACGAGAGCGCCGACGAGCGUCUGAGGCGCCGAGCCUACGAGAGAGGCUGCCAGAGGCUGAAGAAGAGGAUCGAAGUGGUGGAGGAGUUGCAGGUUCAGAUCCUGAGGCUGCUGCUCAACAACAAGGACAAGAGCACGGGAGAAGCAUCGCGCUACAUUUUCCUCAACAAGUUCAGGAAGUUCCUCCAGGAAAACGCCAGCAACAGAGGGCACCCCACGGCUCUGUGUCCGCCUGAGUACAUGGUGUGUUUCCUGCACCGCCUCAUCACAGCGGUCAGAGGCUGCUGGGACGAAGGACACCGCAAGAGUCCGAGCAGCGUGAGCAGCGACGGUACGACACACUUACCAGUGACAGUUUCUUCGUUACUGCCAGCUUCCUGUCAGGCUGAUGCUCAUUGGCUAACGCUCACACGCUGGUCUCCGAUCAGUCUGAGGCCGUCUCCUCCUGACGCGCCCGGCACGGCUCGACGGUUUGACCUCGUCAGCGGUCAGAACAUUCGUAGGAAGCCGGUGGGAGCUGGCCUGGACGGCUAA